AUGGCGCUGCCCGCAGCGACGCAGUAUGGUAUUCUGCCGACCGAAAUGGAAUAUGUAGCGAGUUCCGAGACUCUUAUUCGGAUUCUUCCGCUCGUAUCUGUCGACCGCGUGCGGCUUUUGAGCGGGACGUACGGUCCUUUCCGGCCGCCCGCACACGCCGAGGUUCCGCUUUGGCUUGCGUUGUCACUGCGCAAGAAGCGCAAGUGUGUCAUUAUCCCCCCCGACUGGCUCAGUGUUGACGCGCUCACAGAAUAUGUGCGCCAAGAAACGACAUCGCUCCCCUUUGCACCCCUCCCACUCCACUAUGUCGCGAUUGCGAAGCUGCUGCUGGAACAAGCAUCGGAAGAUAUCCCCUCGUCGUCGCGCGUGCGUGCGCUAUUAAAAGACCUGCGCGAGGCGCGGCAAAGCAAAGUACUGUCAGGCCUCGAAAUGGUGAAUCCGGCGCAUCUCGAAAUGACCAAUAUUUCCUCGCUCGAGAUUGCCGAGCUACGUCCCUUUUUCGCUACGGCCCUCCAGCAGCUGCAGGCAAUUCAAGCGCAACCGCAAGAAGUCUCCGAGAACACCGAACCAGAACAUGCGCAUGCCGACGACACCGACAUUACAACGCAUCUACUGUAG